CUCUUUCUCACAGAGGAGAAAUGCCAAAAGUACAUUCUGAAGCAGCAGCAGGAGGAGUCUGAGAAGCCCUUACAGGUGGCCGCUGUGGACAGCAGCGUCCCCCGGACGGCAGAGCUGGCGGGCAUCACCACACUCGACGACCCCAUGGGGCAAAUGCCUGAGCGAUUUGAUGCCUUCAUCUGCUACUGCUCCAACGACAUCCAGUUUGUACAUGAGAUGAUCCAGCAGCUGGAACAGACAAACUACCGGUUGAAGCUGUGUGUGUCCGACAGGGAUGUCCUGCCCGGCACCUGUGUCUGGUCUAUUGCCAGUGAGCUCAUUGAGAAGAGGUGCCGCCGGAUGGUGGUAGUUGUCUCAGAUGAUUACCUGCAAAGCAAGGAAUGUGACUUCCAGACUAAGUUUGCACUCAGCCUCUCUCCAGGUGCCCAUCAGAAGCGACUGAUCCCCGUCAAGUACAAGGCAAUGAAGAAAGAGUUCCCGAGCAUCCUGCGGUUCAUCACUGUCUGUGACUACACCAACCCCUGCACCAAGUCCUGGUUCUGGACUCGCCUUGCCAAAGCCCUGGCCCUGCCCUGAAGACUGCCCUGGUACCCUGGGUGUCCGUGUGUCUGUCUGCCUGUACAUGUACUUCUGCCCCUGCCUCCCACUGAGGUUGUAGGGGGAUGCCUUGAGAUGCCAACUCCACAGGCACAUCUGCAGCCACUGCACACUUCUGGACAUCACAUCUCAUGUCCUGCGUGGAACCAGCGGCUGCCAGUGGAUGUGCCGGCUGGGACUAAGAGGCGCCAUCUCUGACCCAUCCACACACCUUAGACCUCAGUUUCUCUGCCUGGUAAUGCGUGGGGUGGGGAGAACAGACAGUAGCUGUGUUCGAAUCACUGUGGGAAAUGGUGGGGCCUUGUUCUGGGUCUCCUAGGGGAGCCAGAUCUUGGCUGGGAGAGAGCUGGCCGCUGGAGCCCUAAGCUGGUUCCUGCCAGGGCAGUUGCUUUCACAAUGGUGCCUACUCAUUGCCCACCUCACACCUCACUUCCUCCUGCCCCACGGGGUAGAUACUGGCCUAGCACAGAGAUCCCGCCUUGGAGCCUGAUUCCCCCAUGGGCUCACCUCUGUCUGCCUCUUGGAUUCCUCCCAGCCUCUUUCCACUUUCAGUGUGACAAGUCCUCGGAGCGGUUAGGGCUGCUUUUCACUUCAACCCAUCCAGGUGCCUGUGGUCACCUCCUGCCUCUGCCUGGCAGAGGAUGGGACCCACCAAGUUGGGUUCCGAGGCUCGAUCGCCGUGGUGGGAUAAGCAAGAAACCUUCCUCCCUGGGCCGCCCACAGAGCUUUCCCACCGACUUUUCGUACCUUGAUUGCCUUACAAAGUUUUCCACUGGGACCAGUUUACAAACCACAUAAGAGCCUCCUGCCCCAGAUCUUGUGGGCACAUGGACAUACAUACACAUACAUACAGGCAAACACACACAUCAUUUUCCCCACUUCAGUGGAACCAACCUCUAAACAGGACCAAAUAUGCCAGUAUUAUGCCCUCAGAGAAGCACAGAGCAGGGCAGAGAGCGGCCUGACCUCACACAGCCGGCCUGCGGCAGUCGGCUGUUGUCCUCUCUCUCUCUCCAGGGAAUGUGUACAGCACUUAGUCUCAAGCUCUCCUUUGGGGAGAAGAUAUCAUGGUCUCAGGUCCCUGUCCCAGAGCAGACCCCAGGACCCUAAAUCUACUAGAAAGUGCGUGUCUUUGUUCCACCUCCAGCAUGGCUGGCGCGGGGUCCCUGCCCUUGGGGUCUAGGGAGGGUCUGAAGGCCCCUCUCUGCACGAUCGUGAUGAAGCACUUAGCUCCAUGCACCUAUCCCCGCUUUGGUACUGGGGAGUAUUUUUUAAAGAUUUCCAGGAAGUAGUUCACACCUAUUUUGUAUGCGUUGCGAGAAAUUCCAAGAGAGCUGAGAAAUGUCUGUGUCAUUUCUCCUGUAUCCUGGGUUUUUAAUAAAGAGUUUUCUAUUUUGGGAA